GCCCCCCUCCCAUCCCCCCAUACCAAAUAAGGUUAAGAAGAUUGGCACGGAUUAAGAUGUUGGAUUAUAUUUUGUUUUAGAUUAAAGCGCAUGGGAGAAAGUAAGUCUCCAACCUGUAUUAUGAAUGCAACAUAUGAAGAUGUAAAUCCACCUGCAAACACGCCAUCUAAAAAUAACGAGUCAACACCAGAAUACGCAUAUUGUGAAGCUUUAAAGACGAACAUUCCAGCUUCUGUUGUCGACCAAUCCCAGGAAACGGAAAAUACAUACACAUGCAUAGAGCUGGAGAAAAAUACAGAUGAGGAAUAUGCACAAUUAUCACUUCGUGAAAACGCGAUAAUAAGCGUAGAAAAUCCUCCAAACGAGCCAUUAUAUUUUCAAACUGAGCAGGAAUGUUUUAAAGCCGAACCAAGUUACGUGGAAACUGAGCCUGAAUAUGCAACAACUGAACCAGAAUGUUUUAAAGCUGAGCCAACAUACGUAGAAACUGAGCCCGAAUACGCAAUAACUGAGCCAUGGUAUGCAACAGUCUCCAAAAAAUGAUAUAAAUAAUUUCGUUUCAUAUUUUCUUACCUAUAAUGCUAAUUGACUUUUUUUUAUAAAAAUAGAGUAGCAAAAGAAACUUUGACCAAAACGAGUAGAAGAAUCCUCUGACCGAACUGAAUGGGAGAAUCUCGUAUCAAGGCGGAAUAGUUUCAAGACACAUUUCUAAAGUAUAAGUAACAAUAAAUUUUAUUUGUUAAUAAAAACAAACUAUUGUAGUAUUGAGAAAAUUCUGUAUAAUUUAACUAAUUCCUCCAAUCUCUUUGUAUAUCCAUAAUUUUAAGAGUACUAUUGCACGAAGGUAAGUUUCGAUCCACUAAUUAUCUCUUCAAAUAAUAAAUAGCCAAAGAUGAUUAUGAUCACUGCCCGUCGAUGACAGCUGUAGCUGUCGAAACGUAACCUAGAAUAAACUCGCUUGUUCAUGACAUGAUAAUAUUUAUAUUAUUCAAUGACGAUGACUGAACAGAUUAGUGGUAAUAUUUUUAAAAUCAAGGUAAGACUUGUGUUCAUCAGCAACUGUCAGAACUUUCGGUUAUACACUUAUUAAUAUGCAUCAAACGCACAAGUGCAUUUAAGAAUAACAUCAAAAAAAUAGUUUUAUUGUUAAAAGAUAGAGUGGUGAUUGAUUAAUGGUAAUUGUAACAAAUGCUUUUUUA